AUGCUUUCCCACAUUUCAGCAUCGCUCCCUCGCUCCUCUCUCUGUGCCACCGCUCUAACCCUCCGUCGUUCUCUCCUAUCUUCCACCACCAAAUCCCUCACAAAAUUCCACUUCUACCCCUCCAACCCUUUCCAAUCGAAAUCCAGCUUCUCCGUUGCAUGCGACGUCGUUUCUAAACGAACUUCAGCCACCGAUAUUCCUUCCAUGGAUUCUCCGUCGAUGGUGAACGCCGACAGUUCGUCGCUCGCCGAUGACUUUAAGAAACAGAGCUUGGACGAUAACAAUGGGGUGGUCAAGUUGAAGCUUGAAGAAUUAAAUUGGGACCAUUCGUUUGUUCUGGAAUUGCCCGGUGAUCCCAGGACCGAUACAAUUCCACGAGAGGGUGUGAUGAAGUGGUCGAUCAUCUACUCCUUGACUGUGAGGCUAUCUAGUCCUGUGGCAUAUGCUGUUUGCGUUAUUUGUAAUAUCCUUGGUCAUGCUGAGCUUAGUGGGCGCUCUAUUUGGUAG